AUGGCUAAGAGACUUUUGCCCAGUGACGUGGAGGUUAGCAAUGAAGAGUUGGCCAAGAGACAAAGAGCGGAGGAAGCAGCAGCAGUGGCAGCGGACCAGAGUAACAUCGACGCGGAAUUGUUGAAGGAGAAACACGAGGACGACGAAGACGCCCGUUUGCACCAGCAACAGCGUCAACAACGUCAGUUGCAGCAGCAUCAGCAGCAACAGCAGCAGCAACUCCAGCAACAGCAUCAGCAGCAACAGCAUCAGCAGCAACAACAACAACAACAGCAGCAGCAUCGCCAUGCAAACGACGAUGUCGAGGACCACGAAAACACAGCCGCGGCCGCUGCAGCGGCCGCUGCCGUUUACGGUGGCCUCAUGAACGCCCAGGAUGAAGCCAGCAACGAAUUGCAGCACCAUCACCAUCAGCUGGCCCAACACCAUCACCAACAUGGCGGAAGCAUCAACGAAGAGGACGACGAGGAAGAAGACGAGGACGACGAAGACCUCAAACAUGGCGGCAGCGCCGCCGCUGCUGCUGCCGCAGCAGCACGUCGUGGACGUAAGCCAGUGCCCGUAACCGGGUCUGAAGAAUGGCGUCAACAGCGUAAGGACUCACACAAGGAAGUUGAACGUCGUCGUCGUGAAAACAUCAACACCGCCAUCAACAAGCUCAGUGACUUACUGCCAGUAAAGGAAUCCAGUAAGGCUUCGAUUUUGCUGCGGGCUGCAGAAUACAUCCAAAAGUUGCGCGACACAGAAAAUGCAAACAUCGAGAAAUGGACAUUGCAGAAACUACUCAGUGAGCAGCAAGUUAGCACUUUGACAAAGGCCAACGAAAGCUUACAACUAGAGCUAGGAAACGCUUUCAAACAAGUCGACAUCUUGAAGCGUCAACUUCGUAGCUCAGGUAUCUCUGUUGAUCAGGAAGUCGUUAAGCUUGAAGCGGAGGCCGGCAGAAACAAUUAA